AUGAGCAAGCCGGGCCUGUCGUUCGGGCUCAACGUCCGCAACAAGAAGCCCGGCGCCCAGAAACCCGCGCCCACGCGAAAGCCCAUGUUCGGCGGCGAUGACGAUUCCGACGAUGACAACGCAAACGGUGCCGCCGCCGUGCAAGAGCUCGGUGGAGACUUUGAUCUUGGGGCCAGCUCGGCGCAGGCCUCGAGGAAAGGUCAAAAGUCAAGAGCCGCACUGCCCACGCAACCACCAGCACUCAAGGCAAAAUCGCAGCCCAAAACCGCCCUGGGCGACUUGUCAAGCUCUCUGGCAUCCCGCAAGAACGCCGAGGCCGCCGCGGAACUGGAUCCCAGCGUGUACGAGUACGACUCCGUCUACGACUCGCUCAAGCCACAGAAACAGGCGACCAAGGAAGACGUCGAGCGGAAGCCGAAGUACAUGAAGAGCCUGUUACAAGCUGCCGAAGUGCGCAAGCGCGACGCGCUCAUCGCCGAAGAGAAGAAGAUUGCGCGCGAGCGUGAGGCCGAAGGCGACGAGUUUGCCGACAAGGAAAAGUUCGUCACCGAGGCAUACAAGAGGCAGCAGGAGGAGAAUAAGCGGCUGGAGGAGGAGGAGAAGCGCCGCGAAGAAGCCGAGGCGAAGAAGAACGAGGGAGGAGGCAUGUCUGCGUUUUACAGGAAAAUGCUGGACCGCGGUGAGGAACGACACGCACAGGUGGUCAAGGCCGCGGAAGAGCGGGCUAAGCUGGGCUCCAAGGCAUCCGACACUGCCAACGAUGAUCAAGAAGAGGACGAUGACGAGAGGACGCAGGCGAGGCUGGCACGGGAACUCAACGAAAAAGGCGCCGGUAUUGCGGUCAACGAGGAUGGCCAAGUCGUCGACAAGCGGCAGCUGCUCCAAGGCGGCCUAAACGUCGGCGCGAAGAAGAAGGAAGCCGUGCAAAAAGAAAAGGCCGAGCGCGGGGCCCGAGAUGGCGACCGGCGGCAGCUCGACGGCGGGCAUGCCGCCAAUAGGAAGCAGGCAAUGCGGGAGCGACAGUCGCGCAUGCUGGAGGAGCAGCUGGAGCAGACCAUGAAGCGCUCGCGGGAGAGCGAGGACGCACAGAGGGCGGAAAUGGAGCGGGCGAACAAGAGCCGCAAGACGGAGGGCGAAAUUUCAAGUGCGAAGGAGAGAUACUUGGCCCGCAAGAAGGCCGCCGAGGAGGCCAAGAAGAAGGGCGCAGAUGCGCAGAAUUAG